GCCUCGGCGGAGUGCAUUCUCCAGCGACUCAAGGAGUACUCCAACAAGGCGCUGGCCAAGCUGGUCUUUGCCAUGAGCAAGACCCGCAGCUAUGUGAACGAGCGCUUCUUCACGGAGAUGGCGGAGGAGAUCCUGCGGCGGAUGGACGGCAUCCCCACGCAUUUGCUCACCGCCAUGCUAGUGACCUUUUCCAAGGUGCCUUUCGAUCAAACAGCCUUCAUCCAGCGCGCUGCGGAAAAGGCGCGGCAGGCGAUUCAGGAAGUGGAGUCCUCUGCCUUUGUGCGCUUGGUGAAGACCUUUUCGGCCGCGCCCAUCGAGCAAACCUUGGCGCAGGAUGUGGCGGAGGAGGCGGUGCGGCGUAUCCCUGGACUCCGCGCCUCCGAGCUGGUGAUCCUGUCCAAGGCAAUGCUGACCAUGGGCCAAGCUUCGCCCCACCUGCUGGAGACGCUUGCCGAGUAUGGCGCGAGCGUUCUCCCGCAGAUGUCCCAGAAGGAGCUCGCGAGCUUCACGCGCUCGCUGAGCGGCAUGGGGCUUACCGCAGCCUCCGCCAGCGGCGAG